AUGGCGCUUGAAAAGCCCGCCCACCAAGGCAUCUUCAGUCUACCAAACGAAAUCCUCCUGAACAUCUUUGGUCUCUUUCGGACAGACAAACUCGUGGUCUUCGCGCGAACAUGCCGACACUUCCACUCUCUCAUCCUCCGCCUCCUCCACAGUCGCAUGCAGGCGGCGACCGCGUUAGACGGACACACUCUAUACCUCGAAUGCUACCCACCUUUCGCAAAAUGGACCACGUCCAAACUCUUCUGUGCAUACUUGGGGACCGACGGCUUGCAAGAGUUGACCGAUGAGCUCCAGCAAAGCGGCGGGAGGACAGGGCAUUCCAAGAGGAUGGGAGAGCUGUUUUGCCGAUUUCGCCCGAGUAAUAAAGAGCCCGACUGGACGAAUAUACGUCGACCACAUCCCGCGGGCGACAUUCCAGGCACGAGAACGUACAUGUCGCAGGAUCAGAUGGCGGCCGAGACUGCGAAGCUCCUUGACCGGCAGACCGCCGUCACUACGACGAUCACCGUCGACGCCCAUGAUCUGUUCUCGCAACUCUGCACGGACGUGUGCGACGGAACGAUUCGGGUGUGGCGGGACUGGCUGUCACGGCAGUGUGAGACGAAGCGAUGGACAGACGGCGAAGCGAUCAUCGUACAUCAUGAUAAUCGGGAAUCGCGAGGCGCUGCGCAAGCUACGGCUGGUUAUAUCGAUCCGCGCAAAGACCCUUCGAUUCUCUGGAUCAACACUGUUCGCGAGCAAGUUGGCAUCAAGUUUAGAGUGAAAGAGCAGACGUGGCGCCGCGAACCUCCUGUAGCGUUCGGCAGCGAGGCUGAGAUGCCCGUUAGCUAUCGUGUCGAGAUGGAAGAGGUUCUUGUUCGAACGUCGCACUUGCUUCUGAAGAUGGAAGAGGCUCGAGAGCAGAGUCUGAAUUAUGGCGGCAAGGCGAUCAUCUUUGGAUCGUAUAUUCAGGAAUGAGAGAUCACGUUGUCGAUGCGGGAUACGUUCUCACGCGUCGCUUCCUUUGAUGUGAUCACAAGAUCGCUCAAGUAUACUCGACUUGGCAUCAACCUGGAAAGAGUCAAUUGGGCACGAGGAAGAUUAAGAACGCGCCUCUCGGCAACGAAUCGAAUAUGAACAUUUCGAUGCAA